AUGAAGCACGACCGGUUCUCGGUCAAAGUGGUGCUCUUCAAGUGCCACGACCUCGUCGCAACGACAAACGAAGUGGGGGCCAAAUGCAACGCGUACGUGGCGCUUACGCUGGACGGCGUGACGCAGAAGAGCUCGUGCGUCAAGAGCAGCCUGGACCCACAUUGGUCGCCGUCCGAGAGCUUCGACUUUGAGGUGGACAAGUGGGAGGCCGAGUUUCUCAUCGCCCAAGUCUUCGACUACAGCCACCACGACGAAGAGGGUCUAAUCGGCUCGGCAGUGAUUCCCUUGGCCCUUUAUGCCGGGAACCGAAACUGCGCGAUGUGCAGCUACCCGUUGGUGCUGCCCGAUGAAGUCGGCGGGAUAGGGGCGCCCAAGAGCGACAUAUUCAUGCAGAUAAGUCUGCUGGAUGCAGACGGUAGUCCAGUGGAAGACUUUUAUUGGUGA